AUGAAUGCCAGGGUAACGACCACUGACUCUGCUCUGGACCUUUCUGUCCUCAGCGACGCAUCACCCCCUUACUCGCUGCCGCCCCCUCCAGCACCGCAUCCAACUAUCGUGAGCCCAUUGACUCCAGAUAUACUGGCUCUGCCUGCUAGUGUCCUCACUUUGCCGGGCUCUGAUAAGGUUCCCUUCCAUAUUUCAGCCUCAGGUAUAGAACCCUACCCGUCUUCAGAUAGACGCCUUUAUGUAGGUCAUCUUGUCCUGGCAAACUUUACCGCUGAGCGUGUCAACGGCAGUCUCGUGUUUAGGCAUUUGCCGCUGACACUGGAUCAGGUAGGUCUUACCGCUACACUUUCUCAGCGUGUCGUGCUAGACCACUGA